GAUCAGGAAAAAGAGAUUCCAAACGAUAUACAAUAUUACUGAAUCGACAGUCUUGAAUGUCGCUCGAGCGUAAGUCUCGAAUAUCCAGGGACAGUCGCUUCUAUUGUGAGCGUUAUAGCUAUUGGUCAUUAUUUCGAUCUGAAACCUUUUUCUUUGUGCUUUACGGAUGGUAUGCUCGUUUUCUUCAAUGUUAACAGUGCUUGCGGAAUGCUGUUUUGAACAGUUGAGGAUAAUAUUACAAUAGCAACCCAAUUAUUCCGAAGCGCUAUGUUGUGAAUACUUUCAAAACUGGCUGCUUUGCUUGAAAGUAAAAUUUCCCGAAAUAUUCGAAAACCAUUUACUUAUAAAUACCUGGUUAUAAAUGUGGCAGAUCUCAUCUUCUGCUGAAAAAAGCUCAUCUUUCUUCUACAUCAAAAAGAAAAAAAUUUCCUAUAUAAUUGCAAAAAUGAAGACAAUCAAUCUUUUGUUCUCUGCUGCCACUUUCGCUACUGCAGUUUCUGCCACGGACAGAUAUCAAGCAGCACCUAUUUUGAAUGCACCAGGUAUUCAAGUUGAAACAAGACCUCCCGUUAUCGUUGUACAAACUGUGACCCGUACCAGAACUUGGGUAAGUCAACCUACCGACUGGGACUACAAGCCUUCCUGGAACGAUAACCCCUCUUGGGAUAACAAACAUGACUGGAACAACAAGCCUUCUGAAUGGAAACAUGAUAAAGAUAAUUCUCACUGGAAAGUUGAUAAGUAUAAUGGUAAACAUUAUGGUAAGGGUGAUGAUGGCCAUUACUAUCACCAUAAGGGCAAAUACGAUAAUGAUGAUGAUGAUGAUGAUGACGAUGACAAGGAUGAUGAUGACGAUGAUGAAGAUGAUGAUGACGAUGAAGAUAAUAAGAAAUACAACAAGAAGCAUGGCAAGUAUCAUAAGAAUAAACAUCAUGAUGAUGAUGACGAUGAUGAUAAAAAAUGGAAGAAGAACAAGUGGGGUGGUGUUCACGCCAAUUCUUUAUCCUCUUCCGCCUCUGUUGCUGAGCCCACCGAGUCCUCCUCUAUGACAUCUGCUUCCAAUAAUAAUAUGGCUGCCGCUCAGGCUCCUGCAACUACAACCGCUGGAGGCGCUGUCUCUAGAUCUUCUUCUAGUAUGUCCAGAGCGACAAGUCCUGCUGCUACGUCUUCACCUCAACAUCGUAACGGUGCUGAAAAUAUGCAAGCUAGUAGUGCUUUUGUUAUGGCAGCUGCCGGUGUUGCUGCCUACCUGAUCCUUUAGGUUGGUAUCAUUAAUACCAAUCUCCAACGUACAAUAUUAAAAAAUCCAAUGACGGCUUCUUUUCGUCACUUAAUUUUUCCUUGCUAUAGAGAACUCCUCCGAUAAUUUAUUUAAUCUUUCCGUUUUGAUGACAAACUAAAUCAAUAAACGAUUCCCGUAAGACAAUUAUAUUAGCUCUAAUAUAAUGUUGACAUGCUAUAAGCUACAGUUGUGAUCAUAAGCUCAUCCUUAUGCCAUUAUCGCUUUGAAUGAAUUCUUAUAAGAUACCAAAGUACACCAGUAAACAAUUUUCUGAUUUAUUUGCUAUG